ACAAACUGGUUCAGAGCAAAUCAAACUUAAAUUGAUCAGACCAUACCAUAAAAUUAUAAAGCAGUUAAAAAUAUCAUAAUUGUUACCUAAGUAAUAAAUACAAAAACAAUAAUUUGCUCAUUAUUUGCAAGACCCAGCACAAAUUUCAUAUACGUUAGUAUAAGGAUGUUUUUACUUGGACCGUAAUUCAUUCCAGACCAGUUCAGACCAGACUUGGAUAGUGUUGUAAAAAUACAAAGAAAUCAGACCAGGCCAGCAAAUUACGGUCCAAGUAAAUACGCCGACCAUAUGCGGUCAAAGUGGAUACCACAACCAUACAAACACUGUGUGAAGAUAUUAUUUUAUAUUUUAUGCAAACUGAAUUACGUGACAAUCUGACAUGUCUAAUUGUUUCAUGACAAAUUUACCCCCACCAAUUUCACGAUGAAAUUCCCUUCUCUUGUAUAGACCCUUUAUCACCCCAUGUUUUCUCCAUGAAUAUCUAACAACCACAAAAAAAACAUUUUGCAAUGACCAACCAUUUUGUUGAGGAACUUUCAUCUCCAAAUACUAGACACAUUUCCCUCGACAAAUUUAUUUUCAAUCUGCUUCCAUAAUAGCUUAGGCCUUUCAAUUCCCUCCUCUUCUCCUGGUUUCAUCAAAACCCCACCAAUUUACCGUUCGAGCCUCCUCCAAACAUCCAUCAAAAUCCUCACCAUCCCCGACAAAGACCAAUGGACAUUGACAAGCUCAGAAGAGUUUUCCAAAUGUUCGAUCAGAACAGCGAUGGACGGAUCACCAAAAAGGAGUUGAGUGAUUCAUUGCUGAAGAUGGGAAUCUUCAUUACAAAUGAAGAACUAACCCAGAUGGUCGAGAAAAUUGACGUGAACAGGGAUGGGUGUGUGGACAUAGAUGAGUUUGGGUCAAUGUACCAGUCGAUCAUGGACGAACAGGAUGAUGAUGUGGACAUGAGGAAGGCGUUCGAGGUUUUUGAUCAGAACGGUGAUGGGUUCAUCACAGUUGACGAGCUGAAGUCUGUGUUGGCAUCACUUGGGCUCGAGCAGGGCCGCACGAUCGAUGAUUGCAAGAAGAUGAUCAUGAAGGUGGAUGUGGACGGUGACGGAAUGGUGGACUUCACUGAGUUUAAGCAGAUGAUGAGAGGGGGUGGCUUUGCUGCAUUGACCUGAAAAUUUAUAUGUGUGCAUAUUUAAGUUAGUUACCCUGCACCAUACGUUUUUGUUUACAAAUAUAUUUUUCUUCAUCAUAAGUCUUGUAAAUAUGGUACUUUUUAGUGGUUUGGCCUUUAUGAACCAAGCCAAAUAACCAUAACAUUUUUAGUGGGCGGAUUGGAGAAAUUAUGGGGGUGGGUUGAGGGAGAAAGGGUAAAAUAUAGA